GUUGUGGAUGUUCUUAUAUGAAAUUAUAACUUCUAUACACAGCAGGUGUUGAUUCAACAAAAGAGUUUUUUUUUCUUUUCUUUGGUGCUUAUUUUAGACCUUCACGGCGUCAGUCGUGAUCUCUCUCAUUCUCUUCCUCCAUCUCUCUCUCCCCCUUCCUCCUUUCCUCUCCUUCCAUCUCUCAUGCUUUUUCCGCUUUUCUCUCGCUCUCUUCCUCCAUCUCUCUCUCUUUGUCUCCCUCUCUCCACCCCGUUUCUCUCUCUCUUCCUCAUUUACUCUCCAUCCUGUUUCCAUUUCUCUCUUUGUCCUUUCCUCUCCUUCCAUCUCUCGCUUCCUCCUUUCUCUCUCUCUUUGUACAUCUCUCUCUCCCCCUCUCUUUCUCCAUUCCUCUCCUUCCAGCUCUCACUCUCCACCUGUUUCUCUCUCUUCCUCCUUUCCUUUCCUUCCAUCUCUCUUCCUCCUUUCUCUCACUCUUCCUCCAUCUCUCUCUUCCUCUUUUCUCUCACUCUCUCUCUCUCCACCCCGUCUCUCUCUCUCUCUCUCUCUCUCUCUCUGUCCAGGAGGUGGGUCUUCAUGCUCUUGCUUGCUGUCAGUACUCUCAGCAUCACUGCGCUCCUCAGCCUCCUCCUGUCAUGGACUGUGGAGAGAAAAGCCGGUGCUAUUCUUUCACCUUGUCUUCAUAACGGAAUACUUUCCAAAAGACAUUUUUUUUAACAUCAAGGAUUUUUUCCCCCCUUCCACUAAUCUUUCUCACCCCAUCUCAUCAUGUACACAGGCGCUCUUAUGUAGCCCAAACCGCAUUCAGACACGCCACACAUUUUCCCCUAUUUUUUCCCCCCGGAUUCGUUAACUCGGUUUUGGACCAUGGAUGUUGGGCUGUGUUUCGUGCCGCUUUUGAGGAUUUUGCUGCUUUCCAGCGUCUUUCAUGGCAGUGUGUUCUCGGUGCUCGACUGCCCACCGGCCUGCACCUGUUCCUCCACCGACAUUUACUGCAAUAAAUCGGACGGGGGGAAUUUCUUCCCUCUGCUCGCUCUGCAGGACAGCAGCAACGGCAGCAGCGGCGGCGGAGACAUCGAAGACCUGUUCAGAAACAUCACCACCAUACACAUAGAGAACUGGACAGGACUGCAAAUCCUGAAGGAUGUUGACAUGGAGCUGUAUACGGGACUACAGCGGCUGACUAUCACGAACUGCAAUCUACGAACGAUUCAAGCACGUGCGUUUGCACAAAACCCUCAUCUCCGUUACAUAAAUCUGUCCAAGAACCCACUUGCAACGCUCUCCUGGCAGCUCUUCAAGAACCUUCAGCUGGUCGAACUGCGGCUAGAGGGGAUUGUGUUUAGCUGUGGCUGUGAGAUUCGCUGGAUCCAGCUGUGGCAGCAGAGAGGGGAGGCAGGUUUACACAAACAGCAGCUCUACUGCAAGACCGGCGCCAACAAGAUCCGCCUGCGUACAAUGAACAUCGCUCACUGUGACCCCCCUGAUAUCAACGUAACUCACAGUAACCUGACGGUGAUGGAGGGAGACAACAUCACAGUCAGCUGUAAUGGUUCAGGUUCUCCAUUACCUGAUGUGGACUGGACCGUGAAAGGACUUCACUCUAUCAACACACACCAGUCAAACGUUUACUGGCCGAACAUUCACUCCAUCAACCUCACUCUCGUCAACGUAAGCCGGGACGACAAUGGCUUCGUCCUCACCUGCAUCUCUGCGAACGUGGUCGGCAUGACCAACAUAUCUCUUCAGCUGGCUGUGCAAUUUCCCCCAGUGAUUAUAAAGUUGGAGGAGCCUGAACGCAGACACCACACUUGCAUCGAGUUCACCGUGCGAGGUUUCCCUCAUCCCACACUACAGUGGCUCUACAAAGGUCACGAGAUCCAGGCCCCAUUCAUCCACACUGAGAUGGAGCUUUACCAGGACUACCUGGAAGGCUGCCUAAAUUUUGAAAACCCUACACACCUCAAUAACGGGAACUACACACUGGUAGCCACCAACUCGCUCGGCUCGGUCAACAAAACCGUCUUCGGACAUUUCCUGGCACCACCGCCAUUUUUGGAGGAUGACGGAAUUAUUGAGUAUGGAGAGCCUACACCUGGGAACAAUGUGAACAGGCCAGAUGAGGACUCAUUUGGGAUGUCUAUAGCUGUUGGAUUGGCUGCUUUUGGCUGCGUGUUUCUCAUCGUGAUGUUUGUGCUGAUCAACAAGUAUGGCAGACGCAACAAGUAUGGAAUGAAAGGUCCUGUAGCAGUGAUCAGUGGGGAGGAAGACUCUGCCAGUCCACUUCAUCACGUUAAUCAUGGAAUCAUCACGCCCUGUACUCUGGACGCUGGUCCUGAUGCUGUGGUGAUCGGAAUGAGCCGUAUUCCUGUGCUGGAGAACCAUCAGUACUUCCGGCAUGGACACAACUGUAACAAACCGACCACCCAAGCAAGUAUGGCCAGAAGCAAGUCUCCAGAAGAACUAUGGAAGGUUCUCCAAGAUGUCCAGCAUGUAAAGCGGAGGGACAUUGUUCUUAAACGGGAGCUAGGAGAAGGUGCUUUUGGCAAAGUCUUCCUGGCCGAGUGCUACAACCUCAGUCCUACCAAGGAGAAGAUGCUGGUAGCCGUCAAGACCUUGAAAGAUCCGACUCUGGCCGCCAGAAAAGACUUCCAGAGAGAAGCCGAGCUACUCACCAACCUGCAGCAUGAGCACAUCGUGAAGUUUUACGGCGUGUGUGUGGACGGCGACCCGCUCAUCAUGGUGUUCGAGUAUAUGAAGCAUGGAGACCUUAAUAAGUUUCUGAGGGCUCAUGGUCCAGAUGCCACCAUCUUGGUGGAUGGCCAUCCGAUGCAGAGCAACGGCGAACUUGGUCUCUCUCAGAUGUUGCACAUUGCCACACAGAUUGCAGCUGGCAUGGUGUAUCUGUCGUCACAGCACUUUGUGCACCGUGACCUGGCCACACGCAACUGCCUGGUAGGAAAUGGCCUCCUGGUGAAGAUCGGAGACUUCGGCAUGUCCAGGGACAUCUACAGCAUGGACUACUAUCGGGUGGGUGGUCACACCAUGCUGCCCAUUCGCUGGAUGCCACCCGAGAGCAUCAUGUACCGGAAGUUCAGCACAGAGAGUGACGUGUGGAGCUUCGGCGUCAUCAUGUGGGAGAUCUUCACCUACGGCAAGCAGCCAUGGUUUCAGCUGUCUAAUAACGAGGUGAUUGAGUGCAUCACACAAGGGCGCGUUCUGGACCGGCCUCGUCUUUGUCCCAAGGAAGUUUACGACCUCAUGCUAGGCUGUUGGCAGAGAGAACCGCAGCAGCGACUGAACAUCAAAGACAUUCAGAAAGUCCUGUAUGCCUUGGGCAAAGCCGCCCCGGUCUACUUGGACAUCCUUGGCUAACACUGGUGCGCUUCAUCAGGCCUGAGGCCAACACAAUCCAGGAGAAACCAAACGGCCCCUAACCUUACUGCGCCACUGUAAAAUCACCUACGCAUCGGGGAUGGACUUAAGUGCCUGCAACACCAUUUUUUUUCAAUAUACGAAUAAAAAGUACAAAAUAUUUAAAGAAAAACUUUUACAUUUUCUUUACUCGUACAGUAUAUAGUGUACAGAAUUCUACAAAGCUAAACAUUUUCCUAAAAACUGAUCAAUAAAAGACAGCAAAGUUGUGUAAAAGAUAUGUUGCCUUUGAUAUGGCAACCACGUAUCUAAUGAACAAAGCUUUCCAGUGUUUCAUUUUAUAAACGUAUAUAUACAUAUAUGAAUAUAUUUUUUAUUUAUUUAGUUUCAUUCUUGUUGUAUGGGUGCCUGUUGUGUUCAGCACUGUUGAUAGAUCUUCAUUUCAAGAUGGACUUCUGAUGUUGUUUUCUCUGGCACAUAGUCGGCAAAGCCUUACUAAAUUUCCGUUACUCUGGUUAGCAUGUGUUUUGUUUUGUUUUGUUUUGUUUUGUUUUUUUGUUUUGUUUUAUUGCUUUUCCCCCUUUAUUCUUUUUAUACUCUGCCAUUUUGAUUUGUAAGUGAUGAGUGCUUGAGUGGGAUAAAAACUCUUUAGAAUACUAAAAUAUAGGUAUAUUUUAAUUGUAUGUGAUUGUACAUACUGUAAAUUUCUAUACCAGUCAGCUUAAAUUAUUAUUAUUUUUCUUUAUGUUUGUUUUUGUUUUGAUCUUUGGUUGGUAGCACCGAUUUUCUAAACACAGCCAUGAGAGGGCAUAAAUAUUGUUCAAUGUGACCACUAUUGUAUCACUUUAAUCGCGCGCUCUACAGUCAAAUCAUUUACAUCUGCUGUAAGACAGUCAAAGGCAAGUGAAUGUUUGUGGAGGAAAUGUCAGCUCUCUGCAGAAUCAUAUUCAAUGGUAAACUGCUUUACUUUCGAACUUGCCAAAAACAUAAACUACAGUGCAAGCUUUGUGUCACUAUUCUAUAAUGACACUGACCGAAGCAAUGUUUUUGCGAAUCUUCAUAGUACGUGAUAUCAGUGCCAUUGCUUUUGAAGUUAACAAUCUCAUGGUGUUUGUUGUCUGUAGCCAAACAAUUCUGUGUUCUUUUGCAAUGGGAGUGUUUGUAGUUAUUUUACACCAAAUCUUUCACAGCGUCACCGUUUUGACAACGUCCGAUUCUCUUGCCUCUUUGCAGUACCCGCAAAGGUUUGCUAAACACAAAUGAAAAAUGUAUGUUUAGAAGAUGUAUUAAAUAAAUAUU